UACAACCACCACAACAUACGCAUGCGCAAACGCAGCAAACACGAUCCACGUGGGUAGCUAACACGCUCCUGAUCGCCGAUGUGACACAAAGAUAGAAUUUCUCCAAUUCCCAAUGGCUCUUCGGAAAAAACAGAAGGUUUGCGACCUAAAGCAAAGCCAAGGCGCAAUGAAAUCAAACACGACGAAAAAGAUUCCCCAGAUGCAGGAUGGUUCUAGUGACGACGACGAUGAUGAGAUGGAGAGAAACUUUGCACUGCUUAGUAAAAAGAAUGCCCUGUGGAAGGCAGAGGAAGAGCAGAAAGGUGAGGUAGAGGAAGAAGAUGAAUCUGUAGAUGAAGACGAGGAAGAGGAGGAGGAAGAUGAUGAAGAAGAAGAAGAUGAGGAGGGGGAAGAAGACGAGGAUGAAGGAGAGGACGGUGAAGGUGUGGAGGAAGCAGAAGAUGACGGUGAAGAUGCAGAAGAGGAGGAAGAGGAUGUUGAGGAUGCAACCGUUGCAGUGAGCAGAGAUGCUCAAGAUGAGGAGGAAGAGGAUGAGAGUAGCUCAGGUGAAGAGCCGGAGGAAGAACCCACCCAGGGAACCAGGCCUCAGGGACAACUGGAGACUGAAGAUGAUGUCAAAAGAGAGUUAUCAAACAUGUCCUUUGAGGAAAUCAUGCAACUACAGAACAGAGUUGGGAUGAAAGCCUACAACAAAAUCGCAUAUGGCACAGACACAGGCAGGAGCAAGAAACGCCCGGACCAGAUGAAACGUCUGAAUAAACACAAACCACAGGAGAUUUCUUCCAAGCAGCGGGUGCCCUUCCUCAGGAAUGUUGUACCUGUCAAGAAAGUGAUAUCGCGCGACCCUCGCUUCGACGACCUCUCUGGUGAAUACAAGCCGGAGAUUUUCACGGAGACCUACAAGUUCAUCAAUGACAUUCAGGAUCGAGAAAAACUGAUGGUGAAGAAGAAAUUGAAGAAGAUCAAAUCUGAAGACAAAAAGGCGGAGCUGAAGUUUCUGAUGAAGAGGAUGGAGAACCAGGAGCGCGAGCGCAAGAGGAAAGAGCAGCAGCGAGAGAAAGAGCUGCUCUUCAAGAGGAAACAGCGGGAGCUCGUGGGCCAGGGACACAGACCCUUCUUCCUCAAGAAGUCGGACAAGAAGAAGCUAGAGUUGGCCGAGAAGUACAAGGACCUGAAGAGAAGCGGCAAGCUGGAGAACUUCAUCGCAAAGAAGAGGAAGCGCAACGCCACCAAAGACCGCAGGAGGCUGCCCAAGAAGCACAGUCAGCCGAGCCGCUGAACAGGGACUCUCUUACUGCCGCUCUGUCCUGUGAUUGGACCGUUGAGAUGUCAGUCACGUCUGAGACUGGCGUAUUGUGGCUGACUCUCUGUGGAUGUACAUAAGACUUUUUUUUUUUUAUGUGGUUUCAACAAAGUGGUUUCUUAUUGUGAAGUUGAUUAUGGGACUGCUGCCCAGCUGUGAUGGAUGAUUGCGUCCCCACCAUUUACACAGAGAGCUUGUUGUUUACACAAAUUUGAAGCCUUUGAUUUCUGUAUGUGCAUACUGUACACAAACAGACUACCAAUAACAUAAAUUAUGUGUUAUUGUUUGAAA